AUGCAGAUUGUCACUUUCAAGGUCCGCGCCCUGGAAGAGAAGAUUGAGAAAAUCUCCAAAGAUGCAGGCAUUAGCCCCUGGAAUGGACCCGGAGGGCGUGGUGUGGCGUUUACCGCCCGCUUGUCCAACAACCAGACCGUCUUCUCCCAGCAAACCAUCGUCUUUGAUGAUGCCCUGACCAACAUCGGUCGCGCCUACAACCCGGUGACUGGUAUCUUCAUCGCUCCGUACACCGGAAGAUAUAUGUUCUCGCUGAGCGUGCGAGCGCAGUACCAAAAGCAGGUGUGCGCUGAGAUUGUCGCUGAACCGGAAGUGGUCGGACAAGUGGCCGCCGGUGACACGGAGAUCGAGCGCGCCUCGGCGUCACUUACAGUUGUGACGUCACUCGAGAAAGGGAACGAGGUUUACGUGCGGGAGACGAAGACGUGGACGGGCCAUUUCUUCGGGGAUGGUUUUACCGUAUUCACCGGUUAUUUACUACAGUGA